GGUCUGAAAAUGAAACAACUACCACAGUAUGUAGAAUUCUGGUCCAGUACAAGCCCACUGCAAACAUAGCAUGAAAUUACUAAGUGUAGCAAGGAUGAGGCCUGACCUCAGAUAGUACACAGAAGACAAAUCAACUAAUUAGGGCAGCAACAGAUGUAGGCUGAAGAUAUAUAACUCGCUAGCAACUAGAAUUGAAUUUCUUCAUUCACAUGCCAAUGUAUGUGGCAAAGUGCAGAGAGAUUUGCAUACCCCCCUUAUAUGAGCUUCAUCUACCUGAAAAGAAACUUUUCAGAAGUUGAUGUGCUGGUAAGAAGUGGGGAAAUGAGAAGGAAAUUUCAUGCAAAUACAAUAGCACAAAACAAAGACCAAGGUGGUGGAGGUACAUGUAGAUGUCUGGCAUAGACUGGAACAUAAUAAAUUCAGGAAAAAAAUGCAUCAGCCUGCUUGUUGUGGAGCAUAGAGGAGCAUAUAACCACUAUGUGUAGUUCACCAGAGAGGAGAGAUGGGUGUUCCCACGGGCUAAGACACACCAAUCAAGAGUUUCUUUCGAAAAGAAUCGCUUGCACCGAAGGAGAUAUGCCCGACAGAUCACUUUUUCCAUGUCUCGGAUGAACGCUUCAAGCUCCCAAAUUCACUGCUGCUACAAUCUAGUAAACGGUUUGAGUCAGAAAGCACAUAAUAAGCAAAAGGAACUAAAAGGCACUAAUAAAAACUUGACAACAUUUAUAGCUACAGAGCAUAUCAAAUUGUUGCAAAAUGAAUUAACCUUAGGCUCUUAGCAUGCCCAAAUAUAGCAGAAUAAAAAAUGUAGACCCAGUGCCGGAGGCUCCCAACUCAUAUGGGUCUGGGAAAGGAAUAAACUGAGGCAAUUCUUCAACCGCAAAAUGCUUUCACACUGUACUAGGUCUGCCCUUCUCAAAUAUACUAGAAUACAUAAAAGUAAAAGAUACUAUUGGAAUUUAUAAUAAAAGUCUGGCUACCCUUUCUCGUGAAUAAAUAGUAAAUUUGGUCUGGCCACGCAUUGGUAACUAGUCUACUGCCAACAUGGUGACAUUCUAAAUCACCGUGCCCUUGGGAAAACCAACACAGCUGCAUUUGCAGCUAAAUUCAAGAUGAGCUAGAGUAUCAUCAAUGUAGAGCAUGAGCACCACACAAAACAGAGGUACACCCAGGCUGCUAUUCUACGAGUUGCAAUGCUAAUUACAUGAAAAUCAUUAUAUACUCCAAAAAAAAUAGACAAUUGUCUAUUAGGCAUUUAGCGGCAACAACAAUUAUCUUCCAAAGACAAGCAAAAACAAACAACCACCCAAAACAGGAGAAUGAUAGCAUUAGGCUGUAGCUUGCAGAGCAAACAACCAGCAUUGGCCCUCCAGUCGCAAUUUAUUACACCCUCUCCGCAACAACAAAAAAAAACACAGCGUACACAUUAAAUGUCUGAAAAGAACUAUAUGUUUGGUAUUAUAUGGCUAGCAAGCAGAUGCAGUUCAGCACCAUGAGCUAACAAGUAACAGAGUGGCAACUGAAAAAACAGGAAGAAGACACAGACCUGUUCAGUGUAAGGCAAAUACUUCCCAUCAAAUGUGACCACCACACGAUCUUUUCCGUCGGCCCCUUCAACCUUGUCAACUGAACAAUAGAAGUCUAUGGCUGACAUGCUGCAAUAAGAAGCAAUGGUAAUAUGUAACACCAUUUUAGCAAAUACGAUUCAAUUUUUUUUAGAAAAAUAUUCAAUGGAGCUUCAUGGACAGGAUUUCCAGUUUUCCACACUAAUAUACUUGCAAACUAGACAUAUUCAAGUGUGUGGUUACAGAGGCUUCGUCAGGCUUAGGCUUAAAUAAAGCUGCACAAAAUUUUCAAAAGCAUUCCAGGUCCUAAUAAGUGUCUACAAGUACAAAAGGCAAAAAGGCGUCCAACCCAGCACGGCAGAUAAAACAAACAGGUAUCUCACGCAUUGGGCCAACCCUCCACAUGUACCGCCUACCAGCCCAAAUGUAGUACACAUGAAAAAAAGGGAAAAGCUAACAACAAAACCACCCCCAGCACACAAAAGCACAAAACCCAGUGCAGUACAAAGGCAACAAAAAAGCCCAGUGCAGUACACAACCCCCAGUCGCCAGCCCUCCAGCCAGCCACAAGGAGCCCCAACACAAAACCACAAAACCCCAGCCGCCAGCCCUCCACCCCAGCCGCCAGCCCUCUCCAGAAAAAAAGAACAGAACGUUCAAUGUCUAUGAGGAUUCAAAGUACAUGAUGAUGACAGAGGAAGAUGAAAGAGGCAAAGAAAUUGAAAAGAUUCAUGUUGAUGGUACUAACAAGUUUGUCACUGAAGACAACAUAUUCUCAGAAGAUGAAAUUACCAAUUUUUAGCAUCAUAUAUUGGAGAUAAUUGGAAGUACUCAGAUGGCUGGAAGCCGUUUUACUCAAAAUGGAUCAAGCAGUACUCAGAUAUACGCACAAAUGACGCUGCCAUAUGUUUCAAACCAGGGUGGAUACAUGGAUCUGAUGAUGGAACAGAUACGUAACUCGCAAGGAGAAUCAGUGAGUGAACUAGGCAAUGAAAUGCAAAGUGCCCUAUGCACACAAAAUGAAACCAUGAACAAAAACCUACUAGUGGCCCCAUGUGAGACAUACACACAAAUGAUUCUUGAGGAGGACUCAAUGCUUGCAAAUGCAGACAUAUCCAAGGUUGGAUACAUGGAUCUGAUGAUGGAACAAAUAUAUAACUCGCAAGGAGAAUCAGUGAGUGAAGUAGGCAAUGAAAUGCAAAGUGGCCUAUGCACACAAAAUGAAACAAUGAACAACAACCUACUAGGAGAACCAUGUGAGACAUACACACAGAUGAUUCUUGAGGAGGACUCCCUGCUUGCAAGUGCAGACAUAUCCAAGGAGAUAUUUGGGGAAUGCAAUGAAGCUGAUACAUCUAAAUAUGGGGAAGCAGUAUACCACAGGGAUCUCUUUGAGAUAAUGCAUGUACAACAACUAACUGAAUGUGCGCAAAAUGAUGAUGGAAAAGAAACUAAAACAUCGAGUGCUAGUGCAAACUUUGAUGAUGCAGAUGCUGAAACAACAAAUGCAGGAGAUGAAGAGUUAACAGAGGAUCAGAUUGAUGCCUUCAUUAUGAGUGAGCAGAUAGCUACAACAGAAGGGAACAAUGCAUCAAUAGACAGCAAAUACACACCUCAAGUUGGGAUGGAAUUUAAGACCAGGGGAGAUGCAGAGCACUUCUUAUUCUUCUAUGGUUUUUUGGCUGGUUUUAAACCAGCAAUCACCCACAGUUUCAGGACUUCCAACAAAAAAAGAAGCAAUGAAGUAACAAAAGUGGAGUUGAAAUGUAACAAACAUGGCAAAACAAAAAAGACAAACCAGCAGGAACAAGAUAUUUGCAUAGAAAAAAAGCGCUGCGAGAAAGGCCCAAAAAGGAAUACAAAUGUCCAAGUUAAAACAGAUUGCAGAGUAUUCAUGGUUAUAAAGGAACAUGGACAAAAAUGGGUGAUCGAUAAGUUAGACUUGGAACAUAAUCAUGAGCUCAGACCAGCAGACAGCAACAACAUGUUUAGUGGGCAUAAGUACAUGACAGAUAUGGAAAAAGGAAUUAUAAGAACAUUGAACCACAACAACAUACCUACACGGAAGAUGAUAGCUAUAUUGUCUUAUCUGAGAGGAGGUAUGACAGCACUGCCGUACAAAAAAAAAGAUGUUAGCAACUACAGAACUAAAAUAAACAAGGAAGUAACAGGGAAUGAUAUGACACAAGCACUGCAGUUUUUUCAGGAAAAACAGAAGGAAGAUCCAAAUUUCUUCUACAGAAUUGUCAUUGAUGAAGAUAAAAAGGUGAAGCACAUGUUUUGGGCAGAUGGGACAUCUUUGAAAUACUACGAGAUGUAUGGAGAUUGCAUCAGUUUCGACACCACGUACAUGACUAACAAGUACAACCUGCCAUUUGCGCCAUUUGUGGGUGUUACAGGGCAUGCACAUACAUGCUUGUUCGCAUGUGCAUUCAUUUCUGAUGAAACAAUAGAAACAUUCAAGUGGAUAUUCAAAACAUUCCUUGAGGCCAUGGGAGGCAAACAUCCCCGCACAAUAAUAACAGAUCAAGAUAUGGCAAUGAGACCUGCGAUCAAAGAGGUCUUCCCUAAAACAGUGCAUAGGAAUUGCUUCUUCCACAUAAAAAGCAAAUGCUACCAGAAAAAUGGAAAUUGCUUUGCAAGAAAUAUAGGAAUGCCAGAGGACUUUGAGGACAUAGUUAACUAUUCACUAACUGUAUCUGAAUUUGAGAGGGACUGGAAGCAAAUGGUUGAGGACUACCAUCUAGAAAACAACAAGUAUUUCAGCAAAAUGUGGGAAACAAGAGCCAGGUUCAUACCGGUAUAUUUCAAAAAUGACUUCUUCCCAUUCUUGCAAAGCACAGGUAGAAGCGAGGGAACAAACUCAAGGUUUAAAGACAAUGUGACUUCGACUUAUAGUGUGAUCAGCUUCUUGCGUGAGUACCAAAGGAUUGUGGAGCAAGUGAAUGUGUCGGAGGAGUAUGAGGAUAAUGAAAGCAAUCGUAAACGUCCAAAAGAACUAAUGUUUGGAUAUACAAUAGAGAGGCAAGCACAAGAAGUCUACAAUAGAAACAUAUUCAAGAAAUUCCAGUUCCAGUUGCAAUCAACACCAAGGCUAAGUUACAGCAGAACAUCUAAUCUGCAUACUUUCGAGGUGUAUCCAAAAUCAAACCAAGAAGAAAAGCCACAUAAAUUAAGGAGGUACCUUGUUAUGGCUAACCUAACAUAUGGAAUGGAAGAGUUCACUUGUGUAUGUGGCAAGUUUGACAAGGAUGGCAUUUUAUGCUCCCAUAUACUUAAAGUGAUCAUUGAAGAAGGGCUCACGAAAAUCCCAGAGCAAUACAUACUGAACAGGUGGAAGAAAAAACAGAAACAAAUAGAUGGACCACUGUUGCGUGCAUCAAUGCCAACCCACCCAGUGCUAAGACACAACCUAUUGAGCCGGAAAGUAGCAUUACUCACAUCAGCAGCAGCAAAAACAGAGAAAACUAUGGAGUUUAUAUGUGAAGAAUUAGACAAACUACAAGAAAAGGUUUGCCAAAUGCUAUCAUCUGAAGAAGAUGUAAUAGCAGGACCUUCGACAGGACGAGAGAAGGAAGACAAUGCUGCAAAACAUACAGGACCAGUAGUUGAAAAUCUGCAUAACCCUGAAGCAGUUAAACAGAAAGGAAGGCCAAAAAAACCUACAAGGUUAAAGCCACUAGUGGAGGAAAUCCACAUCAAGAUGAAGAAGGCAGAGCAAAAGAAAAACAAGAAAACAAGCAAUGCAGCAGCAAGCCCACAAGGAAAGGAGAAGAAGAAGAUGAAAAGAACAGCACCUUGAAGAAUUGCUGCUCCCCCCUCCUAACAGAACCACCAACACUCACACUGAAAAAAGAUGCAGAAAAAAUAGAGAGAAAAAUGAAGAACACUUAGUGGAGAAAGGGGAAGGGAUGGACUGUGCAAUUAUGAUAUAUUCAUAUAGUUGGUGCAAACAGGAAAAAAAGUUUGUUUUUCUUUCAGUUGAGUCAUGUAAUCGCUUGCAAAAACAAAGUGUUGAAAAACAGAUCAUGCUUGCCUGAUUA